GGGGUGGUCGUUCUGCGCGACUCGGGCGAAGAGGCGGCGCCGGCGCCGGCGCAGGCGCAGAUUUGGUCACGAGCCCCAAGCAGCUCCUGCACCCGGGUGACGCUAUCCUCAAGAUUCUGGUGUCUAGCAACCGGGUGCCUGGCAACAGCCGGCGCUUCGGGCCUGUGACGCCGCCUGGCCUGGCCUGGCCUGGCCUGGCCUGGAGUGGAGUGGAGUGGCGUGGAGUGGAGUGGCGGGCCUGAGCGAGGAUUGUUCACAUCAUCGGGAUGAUCAUGGCCACAAAGGUUCAGCAUCACCACACACACAUUGUGAACCCAGCCCAGUCUUUUGGGACUUUGGUAUCUUCCAUAUCAGCUGGACGAGAUGUUGGAAGGAGUGAAUUUUACAAGACUCAGUUAAAAUUCAAUAAGGAUGCGCUAAGUACUGUAUCCAACAUGGCUGCGACAGUCACAGACCCUCGUCCAAUUGUAAUUGAAAAGCUACGUCAACCUUGUGAGCCGCAUGUUCAGGAUGAUGCCCAGAGUAUACGCAGCUCUAUGCAGUUUUCUACUGUGUCUGAAGAGAGGUUGAAUAUGGCUGUUCGGAUGGCAAAGCGUGAUCUAAAAAAAAGGCAUCUGGAAGAGCAAGUGAAGGAUUACUUAUGUAAACUUGAGCAAGAUCCAUCAGAAACAUCAAAAUAUAUUAAUCGAGUGAAGGGGACAUCCGCUGAGAAUACUGCAUGCAUCAGGAAUCGGCUGAAAAUGGAGAGCCUCGCAAAACUAAGACAUGAUAAAGCUUCAAAAGAGGGGUUUACAAGGUCUGGUGCCAAGGUUUAUAUUUAUACCUCUGACCAAGGCCAAGCUAGGCCUGCACGCUCUGAUUCACCACCAACACAUGACCCCGGCCCAGAUCUGAAUCGCCAGAACCAGGGCAAUAAAACUGCUGAAGAGAUCCGUAGGCUGAGAACAGAGCUCAGCAAGUACUUUCAGAAAAUUGAGGAACUUUCCAAGAAAGAGAAAUAUCUGGAUGUCCUGGAUCCUGAUGAAGAGCGCAGAAUGCAGAUAAAAAGACAGGAGCAGGCCACUCGCUCGGCGAGGAUGCUGUAUGUUUUGCAGCAGCAAGUAAACGAAAUACAGGAAGAGAUAGAAAAACAAAGUCCACAUAAAAUAAAGCAUACUAAGAAGUCUCGAGCCAUGUCUCGAUUAGCAGCUGCGCAUAGAGGAGCUGUGCGUGCAUUACAGAUGUUUGUUGGUCAGCUCUCUGGACAAUCAGAACAGCAGAUUCCUACCUACUACAAGGAGCUAGGUCAGUUGAUUCGACAGCUUUCCCUUUGCUCUGCCAGAAUGGAAAGUGACAUGGACUCUUCGAUAUCAGAAACCAUUAUUAAUAUCCUGCAGCAAGUUGAGGACCUGGACUCACUGCUUGGGAAGCAAUUUCCUCAAAAGAAAUCAAAUCAAUUGCCGCAGAGAACCCGAAGUGUUUCCCCACCAAGCAGAAAAGGAUCCUUAGGUAGACACAGAAGCCGUUCUGCUGAAAGAGCGCAAAAAUCAUCCAUCAUGAAGGACAAUGUUUCAGGUGCACUGAAACAAUUGCCUCCUCUUAAGACAGUGCAAAUUGAUGAAAGUUUCCAUGUUGCUGAAUCUUCCAGAGCCCAGCAAUACAGUAGAGAGUCCCUGCCUGUCCAUGAAGAACAACAACAGCAGGAGGAAAGCCCUCCAACUCCUGAUAGGAAUGCUGUGCUGAGGGCUGGAUUAGAUGCCUUGCAGCGUGUUGGAGCCUUGAAAAAAUCUGUUGCGGAAAGAAAGGCAACUAGGAAAGGAGUGCUGCUGCCUAACAGGUCGUGUCAAAGGGGACAGAGCACACUUGCAUUGCCAGCCUGCUUUCAGAAAGCUACAGUAUCUUCAGAACUGAAGAAAAAUCAGGGACCGCUUAAAGAAAGCAGACCUCCCUGGAUUCCAGGAUAUCCCACCUCCCCUCUUGCAUCUUCUAAACGAACUCCAUGGAAGAAGCAGAAAACAAGAUUGGAAUGCUACAAAUCUAAACCUACAGAUAAAAGUCAAACUAACUUGAUAAAGGAAAUGGAACAAGAAAGGCAAGAAGCUGCUAAGACUGAAGCAAUCAGGUUGGCUUGGCUUGAUUCUGAGACUGCCCGCAGGAUGAAGGAGCUUAAUGAACUCUGCAUACAAGAAAUGGACAGAAUAAAGAAAAUGAGAUCUGAAGCUGGUUCCCCCAACAAAUGGAUUGUAAAAGCAGAGGAGGAAAUUCGUGAGAAGCUUCAGCCCUUGCUGGACAAAGCACAAGUUAUAAGUGAUUCUUGGGAGAAGAGAACUCGAAUCAAAGACUCUUCACUACAACAUCAGCUAUCAUUACAAGUUGCUGAAAAGGCUGCAGCUAGCGCGGACCUCCUUGGUGAAAAACUAUUAGAUGAGCUGCUGGAGGACACAGCGCAAGAGUUAUUGAAUCUGGAGCUAAAUGCAAAAGCUCAUUCAGAAGCUUUGGUGUUGCAAGAUGGCUCUACGCUAGAGAACAUGCUACAGAGAAUAGAUGAGAUGGAAAGAUACCAAGAGGCAGUUUGCAGAAGAAUUUGCCAGAUUGAAUAUGCUGAUCCUGAUUUUUGGACUGAGGAAGAAAAGCAAGAAAGAGAAUUUGUCUUAAUUGACACAAAGCCACACACUCCACAGCCUAUCAGAAUCACCAGAACUGUUGAACACAGUGAUCCAACUAUGGAUACAAUAAUUCAGAGGUUUUCGGAAGCUGACCCUGCUGAGGACUUGGAAUGGAGUGGAAAGCCAGAGCUUGCUUCAGUGUUGGAACCUUUGGCCCAGAAGUUAUCCAGGAAAAGGCAGAGUGAUAUUGUGCUUUCAAUACCACAAAAAAUAGUUCAAAGUAUACUUGACUACCGUGAGAGAUUCGACCGACAUCUAAAAAUGAUUUCACAUGAGGCUGUAGGGAGCUUUAACCCAUGGUUAAUUACUGAAAGCUUGGCUGAAGAGCUAAUGGAAGAAGGUCUAAGUGAUGUAGCAGCUGAACUGCAAAAUGUAUGUGAGGAGUAUGCAGAAGCCUUGUUCACUUCUGAAUUUGUGCAGCCUGUAGAGUAAAAAAAACAAAACCAAGAAUGCCUCAGUGUCACUGGAAGAGGGAUACUGCAUGCGAAUAAAAAAUGUCAACUGUCACCUGAAAACAGGACACCAAGCAUAACCUGUACAUAGUACAUGGAAUGUUCAUCACAAAUUCACUUGAGUUGAUUGAUAAGAUUGUUUUUAACAUUCAAUUUAAUGUAUAACAAUUCUUUUAUUUUACCUUUAGUCUUGUCAUGUGUCUUAAUGAUUGAAAGUUGCUGUAUUAAUUUCCUUUAUUAAAUUUGUACCUCUCAGAAUAAACUUUUAAAGCCAUGUAGAACUUA